UGACAUUCAUCGAUUCUCCUCUUCUCCACACUCUCUCUUUCUCUCUCCUCUCCUUUCCUCCGCCACUUCUCAAGACAAACAAAACAAACUCCACUGCAACAACUUCUUCUCACGUUGUAAGGGGUGUUGAAAGUGAAUCUCAUUUUGCAUAGCACCCCUUCCAACUCCCGACCCGUUCGCCCAUCGGGCGGGUCCGAACACUACACGGUAUCGGACCCCGGUGGAUGGGCAUAUAGCGGGUCAUGGGUUGCAUUAACUCAAAGAAUACGCAGUCCGAGUCUCCUGAAUACCGCCGUCGCCACACCUCAACGUCGUCGCGGCGGAGGAGGCACAUUAAUGGUCGGCGGAGGUCGUCCGCAGCCUCGUCGCUGCUGCACAGCACGACGUCGUACGGGCCGCUGGAGGGGAUAAAGGAGGAGCCGGAGAAGGAGGAAGGGCUGGAGGAGGAUGAGGAAGAGGUGUACAUCAAGGAGAAGGGUAGCUCACGGCAUUCUUCCGUGAAUAGGAAGGCCGCUCUUUUUAGCUUUAAGUUUGGGAGGAUGACGGAAGGAGAGCACGUGGCGGCGGGAUGGCCGUCUUGGCUAUCCGCCGCCGCGGGGGAAGCCAUUGAAGGCAUGCUGCCUUUGAGAGCGGACUCUUUCAAAAGAUUAGAAAAGAUUGGACAAGGUACAUAUAGUGAGGUGUAUCGGGCACGGCAUAUAGAAAGCGGAAAAACCUUUGCAGUGAAGAAGGUGAGGUUCGACAGUUUCCAACCGGAGAGCGUUAAAUUCAUGGCUCGUGAGAUUCGGAUUCUGCGGAGGUUGGACCAUCCUAACGUGAUGAAACUCGAGGGCAUCAUCACUUCUAAAUUGUCUUCUCAUAUAUACCUCGUUUUCGAAUAUAUGGAGCAUGAUCUUUCUGGCCUCGUGUCCUGUCCCGACAUCAAGUUCACCGACUCUCAGAUAAAAUGCUACAUGAAGCAGCUGUUGAGUGGAAUGGAGCAUUGCCACUCGCGGGGAAUAUUGCAUCGAGACAUCAAGUCAUCCAACAUCCUAGAAAACAAUCAAGGGGUCUUGAAAAUAGCUGAUUUUGGGCUUGCAAACUUUGCCAAACCUAAGAAGCAGCAGAACUUGACAGGCCGGGUAGUGACCUUGUGGUACCGCCCUCCCGAGCUCCUCUUGGGCGCCACCAACUAUGGCGAGGCCAUCGAUCUCUGGAGCGUUGGUUGUGUUUUUGCUGAAAUGUUCGUUGGAAGACCUCUCCUUAAGGGUAGAACUGAGGUGGAGCAAUUGCACAAAAUCUUCAAACUUUGUGGUACUCCAGCAGAGGACUACUGGAAAAGCUCAAAACUGCCUCUAGCUCAUAUGUUUAAACCACAGCAAUCCUACGAAAGCACACUUCAAGAACGGUGUAGAGAGUUUCCAAAAGGCGCCACUAGCCUUAUAGAGACGUUUCUUUCGUUUGAACCUCACAGACGUGGAAGUGCUUCGUCUGCGCUUUCCUCAAAGUACUUCCAUACGAAGCCAUAUGCAUGUGAUCCAUCAAGCUUGCCCAAGUACCCGCCCAACAAAGAGAUAGACGCCAAAUAUCGCGAAGAUGCAAAGAGAAGGAAAUCUGGUGCUACUUGUAGACUUCCAAGGAAAAUCCGUAAAUCAUCCAUAGACGGAGGAUCAAGCGAGGAGAGUGGAAGUGGAUUUAUGAGAAGAAGUGGGAGGUCAUCAUCAUUUCAACAAGCAGAAUACGAUACGAUGUCGCAGGCAUCAAGAAUGACGCAGGAAUCGCAAACAUCAACCACCAAAUCUGUGCCCAUCCAACCAUCCGCUUUCCCUAUGCACGACAUCUCCAGGCGCCACCACUUAUAUGCCAAUCAUCUCGAGUCUGAGCCUCAACCUUUUUCCGUGGAUAAAGCAAUAUAAGGAGGAAGAGCAAGGUGACUUUUUCAGGGCCGAUCGUGUAUAUGUCGGAACAACAGGAAGGUCUUGGAAGAUCGUAACGUUUCUCUAAAGAAACUAUAAUGUGCAGAUGUGUGAUGAAGAGAUCCAAAGUCAGGAAAUGAUCAUCUCAAAGCUUUGUGGCUCGGUUUUGAUUGACCCUCCAAAUAUUUAAUUUUCUAACUCUAGAUUUUUUGGCGUAACCAUCUUUAGUUUCCCAAAUUUGGAAACUUGUAUCAUUUCAAAGAGAAGAAAAUUUUUAACAUAGUAGUAUUAGCCAAAGCCGAAUACAAUCAAUCCCCCCACGCCUUUUUGCCUUGUGAAGAGACCUGAUCUUUUUUCUCUUCUUAAUUCUUUUGUUUUUCUCUUUUUCUCAGAGUGUAUAUUGUAUAAUACGAGUAAUUUAAUUUUCA